CUAAGUGGUCAGUAAUAGACUUUCUAGGCACAUUCAAGCCCAAAACACCCAAAAGGGGGCUGUCCCAGGGGCGGGGAGUAUGGUAAUGGGCCCCUGGAGGAAGUGAGCGCAGUCUAGUGGAAUGUAGUUGCCAUUAUAGUUAAGCUGGGACUGGCUAACAGGCUAACUUGCUAUGUGGAGUUAGAGUUUGGAUGUGAUGAAAAUAUGCCUCAUUUUACAGUGGUGCCAGUGAAAGACAGAGGACAGAGCAGCUAUGACAGCCUGGAGGGGGUUAACUGGGUGGAUUACAGAGACACUGGACAAGACUACACUGACAAUCAAGACACUGUCAGCUCUGAUGGACACCAAAAAGAAGACAGCCCUUUUUUCAAUUAUGCCGAGGCCGCGGGGAAAAAGACCGACUACUAUGACAAGAACCUGGCGUUGUUUGAGGAAGAGCUGGACACCAGGCCCAAAGUCUCAUCAUUGCUCAGCCGCCUUGUCAACUACACCAACAUCACCCAAGGGGCCAAGGAGCAUGAAGAGGAGGAGAUCUCUCAGACUUUACGCAGCCACACGCCCAAGUCACCCAACAUGGGUACUCUGAUGGGGGUCUACCUGCCCUGCUUACAGAACAUACUUGGGGUCAUUCUGUUUCUUAGAUUGACAUGGAUCGUCGGGAUGGCCGGCAUCAUGCAAUCUCUUCUGAUCGUCCUGAUGUGCUGCACUUGUACGAUGCUUACUGCCAUAUCUAUGAGUGCCAUUGCUACAAAUGGAGUUGUUCCAGCUGGUGGAUCCUAUUUCAUGAUCUCUCGUUCCCUUGGCCCAGAGUUUGGAGGAGCAGUCGGCCUGUGUUUCUACUUGGGCACUACAUUUGCUUCAGCUAUGUAUAUUCUUGGAGCUAUUGAAAUCUUUUUGAAAUAUCUCGUCCCACAAGCGGCUAUCUUCCACGCUACUGAUCACCAUGGUACUGACAGUGCCAGCCUAAACAACAUGAGAGUGUAUGGAUCUAUCUGCCUGAGUCUGAUGGCUGUAGUGGUUUUUGUUGGAGUCAAAUACGUUAACAAGUUGGCCUCCCUGUUCCUCGCCUGUGUUCUUAUCUCUAUUGUGUCUAUCUACAUCGGGGCAAUCAAAUCUAUAAGCCACCCUCCAGAAUUCCCAAUAUGUAUGCUGGGAAAUCGGACUUUGGUGAGCAGCAAAUUUGACGUGUGCGCCAAGACUGUAAUGCAGGGCAAUAUGACAGUGCCCAGUCAACUAUGGGAGAAUUUCUGUACUCCUGGCAACCUGAGCAACAGCCAGUGUGACGAUUAUUUUCUUCAAAACAAUCUGACACAGAUUCAGGGCAUCCCAGGUCUGAGCAGUGGGAUCAUCAGUGACAACAUGUGGGGCAACUACAUGUACAAAGGGCAGAUUCUUGAAAAGGGAAGACUGCCAUCUGAGGAUGCUAAUGGGGGUCUGGAGAAGGUCUCCAUGUAUUUGACAGCCGAUAUCGCCACAUCCUUCACUCUACUAGUGGGAAUCUUCUUCCCUUCUGCCACAGGAAUCAUGGCAGGCUCUAACAGAUCUGGUGAUCUGAGAGAUGCUCAGAAGUCCAUCCCAGUAGGAACUAUAUUAGCUAUUGCCACCACUACACUUAUCUAUAUAAGCUCUGUGGUUCUGUUUGGAGCCUGCAUUGAAGGAGUUGUCCUUCGAGACAAAUUCGGGGAUGCAGUCAAUAACUACUUGGUGGUGGGGACUCUGUCUUGGCCAUCUCCCUGGGUGAUUGUGAUUGGCUCUUUCUUCUCCACAGUUGGGGCUGGUCUGCAGUGUCUCACUGGAGCUCCUCGGCUCCUGCAGGCCAUUGCCAAAGACAACAUCAUCCCUUUCCUCAGGGUAUUUGGCCAUGGAAAAACAAAUGGUGAACCCACAUGGGCUCUGCUGCUAACAGGGCUCAUAGCUGAGCUGGGGAUACUGAUCGCCUCGCUGGAUAUGGUAGCUCCUAUCCUUUCAAUGUUCUUUUUGAUGUGCUAUCUGUUUGUAAACCUGGCCUGUGCAGUACAGACUUUGCUGCGUACACCAAACUGGAGGCCAAGAUUCAAAUACUAUCACUGGACGUUAUCAUUCCUUGGAAUGAGCAUGUGCCUGGCCCUGAUGUUCAUUUCAUCUUGGUACUAUGCAAUUGUGGCCAUGGGUAUUGCUGGGAUGAUCUACAAGUACAUUGAAUACCAAGGGGCUGAAAAGGAGUGGGGUGAUGGCAUAAGAGGACUUUCUCUAAGUGCUGCACGUUAUGCCUUGUUAAGAUUGGAGGUUGGACCCCCACAUACCAAAAACUGGAGACCUCAGCUGCUGGUUUUGUUGAAGUUGGAUGAGGACUUGCACGUGAAAUAUCCCAGAAUGCUCACCUUUGCCUCCCAGCUGAAAGCAGGAAAGGGCCUCACUAUUGUGGGAACAGUCAUUCAAGGAAACUUCCUGGAAAGCUUUGGUGAACUGCAGGCUGCUGAACAGGCUGUGAAAAACAUGAUGGAGAUAGAACGGGUCAAAGGUUUCUGUCAGGUUGUGGUGGCAAAUAAGGUGCGAGAGGGUAUCGUCCACCUCAUUCAGUCCUGUGGUCUCGGGGGCAUGAAGCACAACACUGUGGUCAUGGGCUGGCCGUAUGGUUGGAGACAGAGUGAAGACCCACGCGCUUGGAAGACCUUCAUCAACACUGUUCGCUGUGUAACUGCUGCUCAUCUGGCUCUUAUGGUGCCCAAAAAUGUGUCGUUCUACCCAAGCAACCACGAGCGCUUCAUCGACGGCAACAUUGACGUGUGGUGGAUUGUCCAUGACGGAGGGAUGCUGAUGCUGCUACCGUUCUUACUGAAACAACAUAAAGUUUGGAGAAAGUGCAAAAUGCGCAUUUUCACAGUAGCUCAAAUGGAUGACAAUAGCAUCCAGAUGAAAAAGGAUCUGGCCACUUUUCUUUACCAGUUAAGAAUAGAAGCUGAGGUGGAAGUAGUGGAAAUGCAUGACAGUGACAUCUCGGCUUACACAUAUGAGCGCACAUUGAUGAUGGAGCAGAGAUCACAGAUGCUGAGGCAAAUGAGGCUCUCCACAGCAGAACGACAGAGAGAAGCCCAGCUGGUAAAGGACAGGCACUCUUUGGUUCGCAUGGGUAGCCUGUACUCAGACGAGGAAGAGGAAGUGUUCGAGUCCCCACCAGAGAAGGUCCACAUGACAUGGACAAAAGAGAAGGUGGAGGCAGAGAGAAGAAACAAGAGCAACGCACCUGAGAACUUUAGGGAGCUCAUCAGCCUUAAACCAGAUCAGUCCAAUGUCCGACGAAUGCACACAGCUGUGAAGUUGAAUGAGGUCAUAGUGAACAGGUCACACGAUGCUCGAUUAGUUCUUCUCAACAUGCCAGGGCCUCCCAGGAACAGUGAUGGGGAUGAGAAUUAUAUGGAGUUUUUGGAAGUGUUGACCGAGGGGCUGGAGCGAGUAUUAUUGGUCAGAGGUGGAGGUCGCGAGGUUAUCACCAUCUACUCAUGACCGGCCCACUUCCUUUUAGAACGGACUGCACUCUGCCUGAACUGC